UCUAUUGCGCAUGCGCAAAAUAUAAAAACACGGUGAUAUCCGGUCAUGUCUUGAGAACAUUAGAAUUUUGAUAAAAACAUGUACUCUUUCUCGAAAGCCUGUAUAACUGCAGUACAGGAACAGUGCAGCUAUGGAAGAAUUAUGUUUCUGUCAUGUAGAAAAUUUGCAUCAAAAUAUUCAAACAGUGUUUGUGUUCCUAUGGCAUGCUACAAACCAGCAACGUGUGAAAAGGUCAAAUUACUGAACCAUGAGACUGCCAUAAAUACAAUAUCUGUCCGGUGGUAUGUCAGUUAUGAAGAAAAGAGACAGAAACAAAAGACACAUGCCCAGAAGAUGAUUGAAAUGUUUGAUCUGCCAACAAAAAAGAAAAAGUUUGAGACAAGACAGCCAUUUGAUUACUCUGGUGAUGUCGUGGAACAGAAACGUUUGGAAGAUGACAAAACUCUUUUUGUUUAUAGGGGAUUAGAAGACCAAUUUAAAGACCUCCCAGACAAUUACAAAAAAGUAACAACAAUUGAAUAUGCAGAUGGGCAAGAAAAAUUAGCUCAUAGAAUAUGGACUAUGCAGGAGAAAUUCCACAACAUUUGCAAAUAUGGAGAGAAGCGUGAAAUGAUAAUUGCUAGAAAAACUGUCCAGAUCAGAAAUCUACUGGAGCAUUGCAAGAAAUACAAAAAGGAUACCUUGUCUAGAGUGAUUCUGCUGGAACAGAUACAAGGACGUAAAAAGGAAUUAAAGAAAUUAAGAAAAGCAGACUAUAAGAGAUUCAUGUGGUUACUUCAGGAACUACAAAUCAAGUACAAACCUCAUCCAUUGUAUGUUGAUGUGAACAGCAGACGUGCAAGGAUGCGGAGGUAUUUACGAGAGGAGGCGUGUAGGGAAAUUAGAGACAAAAUCAACGCUGUGUAUGAAAGACUUGACAACGAGAAAGAGAACUUUUAUGCAAAGAAGGAAAAACAACUUGCAGAGAUUCAGAGAGAUCUGUUAAGAUAUGAUAUCAAUGACAGUGAAUUGUUAGAAAAUGUGAAGGUACUUAGACAACAACGGGUUUUAGAGAGACUGAACCGACCACCACCAACGCCAAACACCUACAGCUGGAUCCAGGUGGACAAAGACAACAAAAAGGCUCAACGACGUGAAAAGGAGGCCCACAGAAUGAGCAUGAUCAAGAAAGGAGAGGAGAGGUUAAAAGAAAUGGGAAUUAAACCAGUGUAAAUAGAAGUGAAUCAUACUGUUACAAUGCAUUUUUAAACAUCUGUAUCCAAGGAAAAUGGGUGCUAAACUUGCUAUCUAAAAUAAACCAAAAUAUCUUA